ACGAGACGCCAUUUUGAGGCUCCAGUUUCCAGCAGCAGCGAGCCGCAGCGGAGAGAGGAGGGGAAAAAAGGAGAAUAAAACACUUUAAUCCGGCGGUCUUGCUGAUACCCAUUUCAGCUUUGGAUACCGAAGGGGUUGCUUUCACGUCGCGUAAAGAAGGAAGAAAAGCAGAAAAACGGAAAAUCCGUUUUUUUCCUCUUGUAUCAGAUUUGGAAGUAGUUCAGACUGACGGCUCGGCAUCACGAUGGCUACCCAGUCUGAUCUAAUGGAGCUGGACAUGGCCAUGGAGCAGGACCGGAAGGCCGCAGUGAGCCACUGGCAGCAGCAGUCCUACCUGGACUCGGGUAUCCACUCCGGAGCCACCACUACAGCGCCCUCGCUUUCGGGAAAGGGCAACCCCGAGGAUGAGGAACUGGACAACCAGGUGCUGUACGAGUGGGAGCAGGGAUUCGGCCAGCCGUUCACACCAGAACAGGUGGCAGACAUGGACGGGCAGUAUGCCAUGACCCGGGCCCAGCGCGUGCGCGCCGCCAUGUUUCCUGAGACCCUGGACGAGGGCAUGCAGAUCCCCACGACCCAGUUCGACUCCACCAACCCGACCAAUGUACAGCGGCUAGCCGAGCCGUCCCAAAUGCUCAAACACGCCGUAGUGAAUCUUAUCAAUUACCAGGACGACGCCGAGCUUGCCACCAGGGCUAUUCCAGAGCUCACCAAGCUCCUCAACGAUGAAGACCAGGUGGUGGUGAACAAGGCAUCCGUCAUGGUGCAUCAGCUCUCGAAAAAGGAGGCGUCUCGACACGCCAUCAUGCGCUCCCCUCAGAUGGUGUCGGCCAUCGUGAGGACCAUGCAGAACACAGCCGACGUGGAGACGGCGCGCUGCACCGCCGGCACCCUGCACAACCUCUCGCACCACCGGGAGGGCCUUCUCGCCAUCUUCAAGUCCGGCGGCAUUCCUGCUCUCGUCAAGAUGCUCGGAUCUCCAGUAGACAGCGUGCUGUUCUACGCCAUUACCACCCUACACAACCUCCUCCUGCACCAGGAAGGAGCCAAGAUGGCCGUCCGUCUGGCCGGCGGCCUGCAGAAGAUGGUUGCCUUGCUGAACAAGACCAACGUUAAAUUCCUGGCCAUCACCACUGAUUGCCUACAGAUCCUCGCUUACGGCAACCAGGAGAGCAAGCUGAUCAUCUUGGCGAGCGGUGGCCCUCAGGCUCUGGUGAACAUCAUGAGGACCUACACGUACGAGAAGCUGCUGUGGACCACCAGCCGUGUACUCAAAGUGCUCUCUGUUUGCUCCAGUAACAAACCUGCCAUCGUGGAGGCUGGAGGCAUGCAGGCUCUUGGCCUUCACCUGACCGACCCCAGUCAGAGACUGGUACAGAAUUGCCUCUGGACCCUCAGAAACUUGUCAGAUGCUGCUACCAAGCAGGAGGGUAUGGAAGGCCUGCUCGGGACCCUGGUCCAACUCCUCGGCUCAGACGACAUCAACGUGGUGACGUGCGCUGCCGGGAUCUUGUCUAACCUUACCUGCAACAACUACAAGAACAAAAUGAUGGUGUGCCAGGUCGGUGGCAUAGAGUCUCUCGUGCGCACUGUGCUCCGAGCCGGGGACCGCGAAGACAUCACCGAGCCGGCCGUAUGCGCCCUCCGCCAUCUCACCUCCAGACACCAGGAUGCUGAAAUGGCCCAAAAUGCUGUGCGCCUUCACUACGGUCUUCCCGUGGUGGUCAAACUGCUGCACCCUCCCUCACACUGGCCUCUUAUUAAGGCCACAGUUGGUCUGAUCCGUAACCUGGCGCUUUGUCCAGCUAAUCAUGCACCACUGCGCGAGCAGGGUGCCAUCCCCCGAUUAGUCCAGCUGCUCGUGAGGGCCCACCAGGAUACCCAGAGACGCACCUCCAUGGGAGGCACACAGCAACAGUUUGUGGAGGGAGUUCGAAUGGAGGAGAUUGUCGAGGGCUGCACCGGCGCACUCCACAUCCUGGCUAGAGACGUGCACAACAGAAUCGUCAUCCGAGGCCUCAACACCAUCCCUCUGUUUGUUCAGCUGCUGUACUCUCCAAUCGAAAACAUCCAGCGCGUGGCGGCCGGCGUGCUCUGCGAGCUGGCGCAGGACAAGGAAGCAGCCGAGGCCAUCGAAGCGGAGGGAGCCACGGCACCUCUCACUGAACUACUGCACUCCAGGAACGAGGGAGUGGCUACAUACGCGGCAGCUGUGCUGUUCCGCAUGUCCGAGGACAAACCUCAGGACUACAAGAAGCGUCUGUCUGUGGAGCUGACCAGCUCUCUCUUCAGAACAGAGCCCAUGGCCUGGAAUGAGACUGCUGAUAUGGGUCUGGAUAUGGGAGCUCAAGGCGAGCCUGUUGGAUACAGAGCAGACGACCCAAGCUACCGUUCCUUCCACUCGGGCUACGCUCAGGACGGCCUGGGCAUGGAUGGCAUCCUUGAACACGAGCUCGCUGGCCACCAUCCUGGAGCAGACUACCCGGUGGACGGGCUCCCUGACCUCGGCCACACCCACGACCUGAUGGAAGGCCUCCCUCCUACAGACUCCAAUCAGCUGGCCUGGUUCGACACGGACCUCUAAACACAUUCUCACACACACAGUCUGCAAGUAGAAAAGCGUGAGUGAAACUGCAUUGUGAUUUUUGCCUGAGGAGUCACGGAAAGGUCGCGGCGGGUGGGAGAGCAUAUCGGAAAGUGCCUGACACAAUGCGUGCACACACACACACACACACACACACA